ACUUCUUACGCCGCACGCACGCUUUUUGAAACUCGACAUCCUCCUCCUCUCUCAAUGAUUCAAUCUGUUCUUCUUUCUCACCUAUCUGGUCUGGCCUAGAACUAAUAACUACCGAGGGUCUAGGGCUAGGGCUAGGGCUUGCCUUUGGUUUGGUUUGGUUUUGCUUUCCGAUCCCGCUGCUCUGCUGCUUCCUUCCUUCUCGAUUUGGAUUUCGGUACCCAAGAAGAUCUGCCUUCGUUUCCGCCAUGCCCAGGUACUAUUGCGACUAUUGUGACACUUACCUCACGCAUGAUUCCCCCUCAGUUAGAAAGCAGCAUAAUGCAGGAUACAAGCACAAGGCAAACGUGAGAAAUUAUUAUCAGCAGUACGAAGCACAAUUAAAUCAAAGUCUGAUAGACCAGAAAGUGAAGGAACAUCUAGGUGCAUUUAGGCCGCCUGUGACUCCUUAUGGCCCGCUGAGGCCUGGCCUUCCAGUUCUACCCACGCCAAUUCCUGGACAGUUGCCUCCUCCUCCUGGUGCACCUUUAGUUCCAGGGAUUAGACUUCCAGUUUUGCCGCGACCUGUUCCUGGAGGAGGUCCAGGAGGUUAUGCAGCAGCUACCCCGCAGACCAUGCCCAUGCCACAGAUGGUGCCUCCUCCAGGCGCACCACCGGUGCCAGGUCAGAUGAAUGGCCACCAGAGACCGGUUACCACAGCCCCUCUUCCUGGAAGUGCUGGAACCCCAAUAAGCGGUGCCCCACCAAUGUUUGCACCGCUGCCGCUGCCGCCGCCGCCGCCUGCGUAUCAAGGGGGUUUAUCUGCUGCCAGCGGAGGCAAUGAUGGAGGAGCACAUGCUAGCGAGAGUAGUCAGUAGUCAGUUAGUCAUGUCUUCUGCAGCAUUGCCGAUGUGCAUUUGCCAGAUCAUGUGUGGAGGGGAGAGAGAGUGAAUGAAUGAAGUGCUGAGUGAGGUGUUGUUACGUGUAAAAGAAUUUUGUGAUCCUGGCUGGGACUGACUGGAGGGGGAGUGAGUGAUUGAUUGAUUGGGUGUAUCCCCUCUCUUUCUGUUAAUGCAUCUUUUGAAAUGAGAAAAUGCAGCUGCCCGAAAGAGGAUCAGCUUACCAUGUUCCACUUA